ACCACACCCACAGCCACCACCACGCCCACAACCACCACCAUCACAGAGAGCCCACCACCUACAACUACCAUACAACCAAGCACAAUUAAUACAGAGGAUACUAGUCCUACUGAUUUGACUACUUCUGAUUCUACCCCUCCUCCAACAACGAUUACUUCAACUGAAAUAACUACGUCCACUGCCGCCACCACCACAGAGGGCUCACUAGAUACAACUACCAUGGAACCCAGCACAGCUACUCCGGAAAAUACUAGUCCUACAGAUUUAACUACUGAUACUCCUGAUUCUACCCCUCUUCCAUCAACGAUCGCCUCACCUGAAACGUUCGUGAGCAUCAUAAGGAUUAGUAUCACAGCCAACAGACGAAAUGGUGUACUGCUUGUAUUCACAGAAGAACUUAAUGAUCGGUCUACGGCCGCUUUUAUGGCUUUGGAAGAUGUCUUUUGUGGUGCGGUUUCAACGUAUUUGAAUGUAAGCUUAAAUUCAGCUCAGCUCAUCAGUAUCACAUGUGUGGUAGUCUCUUUCCGAAGUGGUAGUGUGAUUGGUGAUCUUCAAAUGAGUCUCGCAGCACCAUCUCAGGAUUCCGCUGAUAGUCUUGCUCAAUCAGCCACUGACCUAUCACCUGCUAAUGAGACAUUACCCUUUUUCGACGAUUCUCUUUACGUCGAAGAGUUAACCAUAGACAAUACCGAUAGUUGUGAGAACAGCAACCCCUGUAGAAAUGGAGGGACCUGCACGGAUGAAUUCAACACGUACAGUUGCGCAUGCCCAGAGGAUUACUCAGGGACAGACUGUUCAUCAUUCUCUGGCAGGACUGGCCUAUCACCUGGUGCUAUUGUUGGAAUCAUACUUGGUGCUAUGUCGGGAGCUCUGAUCUUCGUUAUCUGCGCUUGUUUAAUAAUGGUCCAGACAGUGCGUCGUAAUGAGGCAAAUAGGAUGUUAAUGGGGAUGCAGAAGCAUAGCAACUACCACAUCUCAGAGCACCGGCGUAUAUUCGAUGACCGACGGUCGGAUCGUUCAUUUGACGAUUACUCGUUUGAAGCUUCUCUUGAUCGUCGACAAUAUGAUAUCGGUAGAGCUGUUAAUCGGAUAAGACAAUAUCAAGGAAUGGAUAACCCUGGACGAGGAGGCUUAGAUAACUUUGCUACACCAUAUGUAGUUGAUGGGCAUAGCAGCGCCAGUGGAGAGAGCGUCGUUGAACGAAACCCGUUACACUACAGCUACAUGUACUACUAAGGCUUAGAUGUAUCUGCAAACAGUCCCAGUACAAUUUUGAUUUGCACCCAACCUACAUGUGAUGUGAAUGUGUACAGGAUUGAUUCAUUGCAUACACUAAGCACUGGAAGCGGCAACCAGACCCAAACCUGGGGUAGUAGAUAAUGCGCCUCGGAAUAGACUAUAAUCCUAUAAUCUAAAAUUAAACAUU